CUGUAAGAAGCUUCUUCGACUUACACCGAAUUGCUGGACUUAUGGAUCCAUGCCCCGUGAACAUCCAGCAUAAAGCGGAUCAAUGGCUUUACGCUUGCAGAACCACAUGAUGGCUCAUAUAUCAGAUUUCUACGGGUGCCUCGGAAAGAAACAUAAAACAGCUGCACGUGUACGGCAUACGACAAAAGAGCCGAGCACAAAUACCCUGUUGCAUUCAUGGUGAAAUUAUUUCUUAGCUGGUUCAGCCAGCCGAACAACUGCCAAAACCAGUCAAAGUUGACUGGAAAGUUACAUAUUUCCAAGGCAAAGCUUUGAUUGGAGGCAGAUGUCAAAGGGACGAAGGCUGUUGGUUUGCUAUGCAAUGGAAAUCUGUCAAUAUGGAGGGAUUGAAGGGCAAAAGUCGGCGUGUGAGUCAGCAAACAGAACGCUCUUAAACCUUUGGAGGGGCUAUGAAGUUUGGCGGGGGAGCUUCAAGCUAUCUUCUUCAACGACGUCAACAUUCCAUUUUUAACAACUUUCAUUCUUCACUGUCAACGAAAAAAAAGCCCAGUCGCUUAGCCACAUUGAACAUCCAGAAAUCUUUCAGGAACCCCUUUUCCACGAGAACAACGAGCCAUGUCGAUCGCACAGCUGUCGCAGCUGUUACCGCUUCCCGACGAUGAGCUUAAGCAAGUACUAGGUUACGCCUCGACUCUCUCCACAACAGAGGCUGCAGAGCAUUUUGGAAACCUCCUAGGAGACUCUCCACAGGCCAUCGAGUUUAUAUCGUCGUUUAACGCCCGACGGCAAACUUCAGCACCCGGGACCUCACCGUACUCCAAUGCCGCUGCACCGCCUGAACCCCAAUCACAGAAUAUCGACGCCGUACCCAAGACGAAACGGCAACCAAAAAAGAAGAAGGCAAAUAUUCACACACCGCAGGCAAGACAAGUCAACGACUAUGCUGCACCUGCGGGUACAACUUACAGUAAAAAGGAUCUGAGCCUUGACUACAUCCCUCAGCGUUCGAGCGCACCCAGCAGCAACAAUGCAUCCCGAUCGAACACUCCGAAACCAGACCCUAAGCCUGCCGCAAAGCCUCCACCUAAGCAGCAUGCCUCAGCUGGUUAUUUGAUAGGGGAAGGACCAUCGAAACCUAAGCCUAAAUCUACGCCUGUAUCACGGAGUUCUACGCCAAAGCCAGCUCCGAGCACAAAGAUAUCUAUAGCUGGAGGCAUGCCGAUGGCUGGAGCUUCGACUGCCAUUUCUGAUCUCGACGCUGCUAUCAGGGCGCUGGAAAUCUCAACAAAUCCUACACUGGAGAAUUCCAAGUCUAGGAAGUGCAAUUGUGUCGCUACACGGCACCCGCUUCAAGGCGCUGCGCCAAAUUGUCUCUCAUGCGGCAAGGUGAUAUGCAUGAAGGAAGGUCUUGGACCUUGCACAUUCUGCGGCAGCCCUUUGUUGACGCCAGAUGAUGUCCAAGCCAUGGUCCGGGAGCUCAAGGAAGAGCGAGGCCGCGAGCGAAUGGCAGCUAACCGAGACGCCAACCGUCGUGCUGACAUUGCCAGGACCCCAGCGCCGUUUACUCAACCACGCGGCAACGACGGCGCUUCACUAAGCGACGCUGAAGCCAAGGCUCGUGCGCAUCGCGACAAGCUUCUCAAUUUCCAAGCACAAAAUGCCAGGCGAACGACAGUCCGCGAUGAGGCUGCUGAUUUUGAUGUUGGUGGAGCGCUUACAGGAACAGGCAGCAUGUGGGCAACUCCUGAGGAGAGAGCAAGAGAAUUGAAACGCCAGCAGAAAGUGCUUCGAGAAAUGGAGUGGAACGCGCGGCCAGACUACGAGAAGCGAAAGCAAGUUGUGAGCAUUGACGUGGUUGGCGGCAAGGUUGUUCGCAAGAUGGCAGCAGUCGAAAGGCCUGUGACUCCUGAGUCCGACGAGGACCCUGUCGACAAUGGCGUACUUGCAGAGACAUCGGCGAACAAGAAGAGUGGAAGAGGCGGCGGAGCCUUCAGCGGCAAUCCUCUACUGGGAGCGUUGAUCAAGCCUGUGUUUGAUGCAAAGGGCAAGGGUGCGGAGGUUGAGGGAAGAGAGUCGAGAAAGAAGAAGGGAUGGCAGAGGGUUCAGCAUGAUCUGAAUAACAACGAGGAAGUGAUUUUGGAUGGAGGGGUUCAAGGGCAUGAUAGAAGUGAUGAGCCAGCUUGUGGAUGAUUGAGAGGCCAUGAUGAAACUUAUCUCUGGGGAAGAUAGAGAUUUUUCACAUCAUAAUAGACUGGCAGUGCAUUGAUGUUAUCCCAGCCGGUCCCUCUCAUUGCAAGUAGACAAUGUUUACUACACAGUCCAGGGGAGGAAAGAAAACUCGGGACCUCGAUCCUAAGUGACAGAAAGACUUGCAUAACUUGAUAUAGAUUUAGGGUCAGUUUAGGAUAUCUUUUGUAUAGUUUAUUUUGAUACCCUGUAUUGAGGUCUGGUGUUUUCUUGGUCCCUGAGGACAGUCCACACA